AAACACGGGCCCAUCCAGACCUCUUCAACUUCCACUCAUUAUUCUCUCACAAUCUCUCCCAUUUCCCAUAAAUUCCUAACCCCUUUCGCUGUAAGUAUAAAUUACACACACAAAAAAAAAAAAAAAAGCAUCCGAAAAAAGACAAAAAAGUAAUAAAAAUAAAAAUAAAGAUGAACGUCGGUGACGGAAGAGUCGCCGGCGACGGCGUUUCGUCAAAGAUAUCCCAGUUCACCUUCACGUUAUCACAACGUUAUCAACACCUUUUAGAUAAAUCAACACCACAAGUCCUUUACCGUUGGAUCUUCUUCGGUUUGAUCGCUUUAAUCUACGCCGUACGCGUGUUUAUGGUUCAAGGUUUCUAUAUCAUAACAUAUGCUUUAGGAAUCUAUAUUAUACAGCUCCUUAUUGCUUUCCUUUCACCACAAGUUGAUCCGGAAGCUGAAGGUGGUCCUAGUCUGCCGACACGUGGCUCUGAUGAGUUUCGACCUUUCGUUCGUCGCCUUCCUGAAUUUAAAUUCUGGUACUCACUAACAAAAGCAGUCUGCAUUGCUUUUGUGUUGACAUUCUUCAGUGCCUUUGAUGUGCCUGUAUUUUGGCCAAUUUUGUUAUUCUAUUGGUUGGUGCUGUUCGUUUCAACAAUGAAGAGGCAAAUAAUGCACAUGGUCAAAUAUAAAUAUGUUCCUUUCACAUUUGGCAAGCAGCGUUAUGGGAAGAAAGUGCCAUCAAGUGAUGAGAGAAGUACUUCCAAACCUUGAGGUUCAAAGCAGAUUCGUUUUUUUGUGGGGAAUGAAUUUGUUUUAGCUACAAACUUUCCUGGAUAGCUGUAUUUUUCACCGGAUAGGUUUCUGAGCUUGGGUUAUGCCAUUGAAUAUAUAAUCGAUGAACUCUUAGAUUAUAAAACUUAGAUCUCCUAGAAGCUGCCACGUAUCUUGAUUCUUUCAUUGAGGGGUACGCUAGUCCCUGGAUGUAAUAUUCAUAUUCUGAGCUCAUUCUUGAACCACUCUUAUUCAAUUCUAGCUUAGUAGAUGCUAGCACGUUGCAUAUCCA